AUGGCUGCCCGAGCUUCUGCCGAACUUUCAAGCCGUGGAAAUAUCUCACAACAGCAUUCAAUGGAAUCACACAUGUCGUCUCCUCAUAGUAUGAAAGAUGAGGAUCUACAAAAUAACGUUGCAAGGAGCAGUGAUAAGUCCACUGACAGUUCCUUCAAGUCGACUGCAUCUUCCUUCAUUGAAAAAGCAUCAGUGAAUAACGAAACUGCAGAUGCUUAUUCUCAAAUAAACAUGCCUGAAGGCAGGCAGAUGGAGCAUUUUGCUGAACUGAGUAUCAAUAGAAACUUGGGCAAAAAUGGGAUGCAAUUUGUGAAUGAACUGCAUGAUAUUAAGAAUCCUCGGAAUAUUGAUCACCAUGAAGUCAGGGUUGGAGAACAAUCAAGCGAUUCCUCUUCUCAUUCUCAACCGAACACUUUCACUGAUGAUCAUGAUCUUGUCUCUAAUUCAAAUUGGCAGAAGUCAGAAAAUGAAACGAGAGAUUUGGAUGAAAGCGGGAUGCAAUUUGAGAAUGGACUACCUGAUACAAAGACCCGUGAUGAUCGUGAUGUUGUAUCAAAUUUAAACAGUCAGAAGUCCAUAAAUUAUUCUGAUAAGGAUUUAUUUCUUCCCAAUGAUAAAGGAAGCCUUCCAAGAAGCACAAAAGAAACAACAGAUUCUUUUGACAAUGCCUCAGCAGUUUUCGAGGAUUACGGAUCAGAUAAUUAUGAAAAUUUGCAGAACAACAGUUCACCAGAAAAGUCUACUUCAAAAUCACAGAUUUUCUCAGAGGAGCGGACUAUGCCUGCCUUCUUUGAAAGUUCAACUAGCUUUUCAGUUCCUUCUAACGUGGAUGACUUGCCUGCAAAUUUUGAUGAUUAUGGUCCUUAUUCAGAAAGUGAAGAGGAGGUAGACAAAUCUAAGUUUGUCAGGAGUAGCAAUUUUAGUAUAGGUAGUGGUAAACAGAAUACGGAUUCCUACAAGCCUGAAAACAGUAGCAGUUUGACUCCACGAUUGGCUGAAGGCAUUGAAGAUACUGAACAUUCCAAUGAGGCUAGUCUGGAAGAAAGUACGGAAUUGAAAUUUGGAAACUUGACAAGUGGCCUACGAAAUAAGGGUUAUAGGUACCCAUCGUAUUCAAAAUUUCCACGAGACAAUGUGUUUUCCUAUGGAGAAGCAGCCAGUGAUACAUCAACUGGAAUGAAGCAAUCAUCCUCUCCCACAGCAGCGGAAGCUUCGAUUAAUUCUGGAUCUUACAAUCAAGAGCCACACAGUAGGAAAGGGAAUGAUGAAGUGAGUAGAAAACUGGGCCCGAAAGCAUCGGUUAAUCAGGUUGACUCUAGUGAUGAUGGUUCUGAGGAACAACCAAAAGAUACUUCUCGUAGCAUUGAAGACCAUUACAACAGAACUUCAAUUUUUGAAGAAAGUAAAAAAUCAAGCUCAAGGGGCACUGUCCCAUAUUUUGAUUCUGGGAAUAGUGAUUCUGAUGAAGAUCUUCCUAAAGCAAUUUCCUCUGAGUCAGCAGUAGUGUUUGACCAUGGUGAGAAGAAGAAUUUAACCUCAAGGAGUACAGAUGCUUAUGAAGCACUUCCGAAGAGACAGCCUCAGAAAAAGAACUCAGAUAACGGGGAAAGUUCUCAGCAUUCUCGGUUGGCACCUCAACCAACUUCAAGGCUGGUUUCAGAGACCAAAGGUUCUUCAGUUGGUGGAACUUUGAAGUCGUCAGAAAAGGAACAACAGUCGUCAGAAAAGGAACAACAGUCUGCCCGUCUGGAAGGGUACAACAUUUGGUAG